UGGGCGAGAGUAGAAGUAGCCUGGAAGGAAAAACGCACGUAAAAAGGAGGAAAAUCCGGAGUGGCCGCUUCGAAGUGGAAAGAUACCCUUUUUCCUUCAAACGCAGCGAAAACUCCGUUGCCACCACCAUAAUUGCCGUAUAGUGUAUGAAUAUGAGUGUGCGAGCGAACGAGAAAAGCAGAUAUAUGGAGUGCGUAUACGACUCGUGAGCAAAGACAAUAGAAGAGUACGAAUUAAGUGCGUGUGUUUCUUUUCUCAUCUUUUGUUGUGGAUCGAAAGAGAGAGUUAGAAAAAAAGAAAGAGCAGAUUAAGGCGAGUGAAUGAUUUUAGCAGCGAAACACACGAGAUCAAUCGGAGCGAUCCUGACAUUUCUAGUGUUUCGAAUGCGCGAGCGAUAGUUUUUUGUGUAAAUAGCGUUACGAAAAUCUUAAAAGUGAAAGUGCAAAAAGGAAGAAGGUGUAGGAGCCAAAUCAAGCUGUGACUCGACUGAGCGAGAGAAAAAGAGAGAGAGAGAGAGACAGACUACUCCAGUUUGCCGCAGCAGAGCUUGUGAAAGAGAGAAACGCGAUGACAAAUUCGCACAACCGAAACGGCCGCAACGCUGGCAGUGGAAGCCACGCUGAGCGAUACUUUCACAACCACAGCCCCCAGCAGUUGAGUCCUUCAGGGCAGCAUCAACAGCAGUCGCAGCAGCAGCAGCAGCAACAGCAGCAGCAGUUGCAGCAUCAGCAGCAUUAUCAUCAUGCUGGCAACGGUGGCAACAAUAAUGGAGGAGGAAAGCAGCGCGGCGGUGGAACCGGUGGACCGGGAGGAGGACGUGGCCAACGUUCGCCGAGUGCAAACUACUUCCGUAGUAUUUACUCAUCGUCGAGCGCGAUACCGAUAGUACAACAACAGCAGCAGCAGCAGCAACAACAACAGAGGCAACCGUCCUCUUCGCCGACCGGUGGCCGAGGCGGAACUGGCCGCCAUGGUAACAGUGGCAGCUCAAACAGCUUUAAUCAACGCUCCAGCCCCAACAACGGAGGAAGCUUCUCCUUGCUGAUGUCCUCGCCACUCGGCGGUGGAGCUGGUGGGCCUGUAUCAGGCUCUCCGCCAAACUUUUCCCACUUUGCUGGCAGCAAGUGUUACGAUGCGCCUGCACCCACCGCGUUGCCGAAGCCUCCGGUCCACUGGACGACCGUUGGUGGCGCUGGCGGUACCGUCAGCAGUUCCUUAUCGUCCGUGAUGACGAUGUCCGCGUCGUCCUCGCUCACUGCGUUCGGCGGAGGCAACAAAAAGGGUGCGACUGGCUCGGCUCCCUCCAUCAACGGGGUGUUGAAGCAGCACCAGCAGCAGCAGCAGCAACAAACUCGUCUGCGGACUAAGGCGAUGAAAUCGUGUGCAUCGGCUGCGGCCAAGGCGAGCAACCGCCAUGCAGCCGUUUUUGCACACAAUCCAAAAACGGUUUUCAACGUGAAAGCUUAA